CUUUAGGAAAAUAAAGAGUGAUCAUAACUAAAGAAAUAAAAGAAGCAUGUGUAUAUAAGCUGCCUGUAUACCAGAACAGUUCUCAACAAAAUGAGCGGACCUGCAUUCUAGUUUAAAAGAGCUCAAGCACUAAAACUGUUUCCGCUUUUUCUUUUACCAUUAUUCCUUCUCACAUUAUGCCAGACGAAAAACCAAACGACCCACCAGCAUCGCUCAAACAAAUCCUUGAGCAGUCAAAACUGAUUACCACAAAGAUCCAACAAUACGAAUUACCACAAAUUGAACGAGGUUUAGAUCAGAUCGAUUCACAAACACACAAUCUCACUACGAAAACCACGCAAAAUGAAGAUCAGUCCAAUGUAGACAUUCGAGCACAUUACUUUCUAUCAAAAGCACGCGUGAACACCCAGGUCCUGUUACGCGAUCUAGGCACGAUUCAUUUGGGUGCCACACCAGCUCGUCGACAGCCCAUUUAUGACACCGAUGUAGAAGGAUAUCUGCUUCGCGAACGUACACAAACCAUUAUUGACGUUAUUGCGGAUGGCAAACAAGAGAUUCUGGAUGACAUUGAGAGUCUGUUUGACCAAGACUUGCACGCAACAUGGCGAGGUAUUCGAGAGAAUAUGACUGCAGGCUAUGAUGCAGAAAUGGCACAGGCGGAUAUCACAGCCUUGAACCUUUCAAAAUCGAACCUCAAGGUUUAAACAAGGCCUCGAUUGCUAUUUCAUCCUUCGUCGUCGUCGUCGACCAACAACCCCAUUUACACCACCAACUAUAUUAACGGACAUAUUGCAUUUUCUUUCCCGUUCCCAUGCGCACCUCGAUUCCACACUUUCUUCACCACCAUAUCACAUACUCCAUUAUCAACAAAUAAACACCAACCAACUGUGUAUAGCAACAUAUGAAAAAGAUCA